GACAACAACACUUUGAAAAAACGUAAAAUGGAAGACGGAGAAUUCGAUAGUCAGCAGGCAAAGAAAGCCAGGACGAGAGUGAGCUUCUCCUGCGGUGAAUGUCAUCGACGCAAGCAAAAGUGUGAUCGCCAGAUUCCUUGUUCACACUGCAUAGCACGCAAAGUUCCUGAACUAUGUAAGGCAUAUACACCCGGGAAAACAGAUCAGGAUAUCAGUGUACGGUUGGCCAGGCUUGAAAAAAUUAUCGAGCUUGCUUUGCCUCAAUAUGCCAAUGGCACCACGACACCAACUAUCUCCAGUGACAGACACUUUCGAUCCAGCUCAGAAUAUCUUGACGAAGACAAUCGUUCGAUCACUGAUGAUCAAGACCCGAGCGGAGGCACUUUCCAGAGUGGAAAGUGGUACGGUAACAGUGCUUCAGGGAGUGUUGCCCCAGCUUCCGUUUUGGAGCAAUUGGCAAACGUAGUGGUUGGCUGCUCGCGUCAAGACCAGUGGGACACCAAGAAUUCUACUCCGCUCCAUGGCACCUUACCUUCAGCACAGGUCGGGGUCAACGGGAUGGAUCCCAAGUCGUCCCUUGCGACCCCGUCCAUUAUAGACUCUGUUCGGCAGGACUUGGAACCUUCUGCAGCAGAUAACCUCAAAAGUUUGGUUCAAGAAUGUGGUGUUUCGCCCCAUAAAAUUUCAGAGCUUCUACAAGAACUUCCGCCACAACGCUUCUCAGAUGCUUUGAUUGAUCACUACUUCACCGACAUAAAUUGGACAAGGUACCCUGUAUGCGAGAAAGAUUUCCGAGCAGCAUAUGCCUCACUUUGUGCGAAUGGGGUGGGUGCAAACACCAAUGACGCCCGCUUUCUUCCUCUUCUGUUUGUUGUCCUAGCCAUAUCUGUGAGGCUUGCCCCAGAACAUCUGGCUGGCGACAUACGGACUAGGAGAACGACUUCAUUGAGGUACUAUUGGUCAUCUCGGCGCUCCCUGUUGAUUGCUGCUGCCAUCCAGCCCGAUUCUUUAGACAUUGUAUUAGCGCGAUUGUUGAGCGCUCGCUUUCUGACAUUCGACCGCCGUAUUACGGAGUGUUGGAGCCAGCUUGGUGCAGCUGUGCGAACUGCUCAGGCACUUGGUCUUCACCGUGAUGCAGCACCGACGGGUUUGGAUCCUGCGCAGGUAGAGAAUCGACGGCGCAUCUGGUCAUACCUUUACCAUGCUGACCGGUCCUAUGCGCUUGUGCUGGGAAGGCCGCAUGCUAUUCAAGAUGACUACACUUCCACAUUGCCGCCCCUCAACGUCGAAGAAGACGUUACCCCAACUGUCAACCCCAGUCCGUCCCAACUGAGCGUGCCGACUCCGAUGACAUUUGUAAUCCUCCGUCACCAGCUCGCUUCUAUAAUCGGUCGAAUGGUCCAUCAUUUUCAGAAAGUGCGGACUCCGAGCCACUACUCUGAUGUUCUUGCUCUCGACGAUGAACUCAUGAAGUUCGUCAAUAACCUACCGCCUCAUUUCGCUCUUGACCCUGAUACAUCUCUCGACGAAACUAAAAAGUUUAUCCCCGUUCAUCGCUUCCUGCUGAUCACGGAGACUCUUUUUGUAAGAGUCAGCUUACAUCGCCCCUACUUGCUGCGUAGGUUGAAUUGUGACCGCUACCUGCGGUCGCGCAAAGCAUGCUUCGAGUCCGCCAUGAAGGACUUUCACGUUCGCCAUGCUUUCCGCCAAUCACGGUCGAACCGCGAAUCGCUUCACAAUGCUUACAGGGAGUUUCAAACAGCCAUGAUUAGUGGCAUCUAUCUCGUCCUAUAUCCUCAAGGGCCAGAUGCAGAGAUGAUGCACACCAUUCUAGAUCAGUUCUUGAAGGAUCACGAGGGAAUUCGGGAGAUGGACGAAACUACUCGCAGGGAGUUGAAAAUUAUCGAGUUCCUCAAGAACAGAACUGUACAGCUUGCAGAGUCUGCCCCCGAAACUGCGUCCGCAGGUUCGCCAUCCACAAUUGAUCCACAAUUGACUUCCUCUGGAAUCAUAGUUUCUGACACGCGGACAGCUGUUGCUCCUCCGCCUUCUGCUCAACCAGCUUUCCCUGCCCUUCUUGCGACUGCGACCACCACAUCCACGGCAUCUCCACAGCUGUCGGCGGCACUUCCAUAUCCAAAUUCACCUUUCGCACAGUCCCCUGCGAUACAACGUCUGCAGUACAAUAAUUCCACUGAUGGAUCACUCAAUUCUCCUGCGGGCUCGGGCAGCCCAAGCGAAGACGAAUCAGCAGCGCAGUCGUUGCUGGAUCAUUGGUGCAGCACAUUCAAUGAAGGCACUGUUGAUGGAACGAUGGGCAUGCCUGCACUCUCUUGGGGAGGGCCAGGCGGUGCAGACUUCACAGGUUGGGUCGGGCCUGCAGCGACUGACCCAAACCUUGUCCUAAAUGUCAACGGGUCCGACUGGACGUACUGGGAGACGCUGGUCAGUCAAAUCAAGGCUGGUCCUGUAUAGAUCGCACGAUGAUUUGAAAAUUGGUCCUUGCAUCUAUCUGUCUAUCUUUUCUGUAAAUACUGUCAUAGUGGCUCCUGUAACUUUCGUCCUUCAUUGUUUGCAGUUCAGUGCACUACAUCAAUGUAUGGCUGUUUGUACCGCC